ACUUAUAAAAAAGAACCCAGCCCCAACUGGGGAUUUGGACGGUCGGAUAAGCCCAGCUGCGAGGGACGACGUUAUGUAGUCGUUCAGGGCCCCCUGCUCCGGUUUAGACACCUGGUAGAGUCUAGAAGUGGGCAAUUUGGCGUUCGGAACCAGAUCGAUGGAACAAUCAUAGGGGCGAUGUGGAGGAAGUGACUUAGCUAGGGUCUUGCUGAAAACUAACUUGAGGUCAUGGUAUUCGCAGGGCACCAAGGACAAAUCGAUCGGUUCCGGCUUAGACGGCACUGACGCUCCAGGGAAAGAUGACGCUGCACGUAAGCAAUGGGAGUGGCAGUGAACACUCCAAUUAACGAUCCUAGGGGCCUCCCAGUCAAUGUCUGGGUUGUGCUGCUUUAACCAUGUUAACCCGAGAACAACUGGAGCAGACUUGGUUGGCAUAACAAAAAAUGGUCUACGCUCGGCGUGAUUACCAGACACAACCAAUGCGAGGGCUUCAGUUUCGUGGGUAACUGUGAAAACAAGGUCUCCAUUAAGGUCCCGUACCUCCCGGGGCUCCUUCAAUUUAAUUAGGGAGCCACCAAGCGAGUCCACGACCGAAUAAUCCACAAAGCAGUCAUCUGCCCCUGAAUCAACUAAGACAGUUACCUUUAAGCUGUGACCGUUCCCCGUAAUAAUCCCAGGCAGUUGCAGUCUGGUGUUCUUGAGCUGUCUUGCGGCUUUAGCGGCCGUAGACGGGUACUCACAUGGCCGCGGUGGGGUGCCUCUUGAGGGGGACUUCCCCGCUGCGAGCCCGCUGUUUGAAGUAGGUCCGCCCCUGCAGGCUGCACGAGGGUUUGAUGGACAAGAGGCGACGCGAUGGCCAGGCUCACCGCAGUAAAGGCACAGCUGCGCCGCCAUGCGUCGUUCACGCUCCCUUGUGUUGAGCCGCUUCCCGCCGAGCUGCAUGGGCGCCUCUCCUGUUGUAGACUGCCCACCGAGACCAGGCGAGGGAGGAGAAGCCGGAUUGAAGACACUCCUGCUCGCCGCUGGAUCGGCUCUCUCGAUGACGGCCCUCGGAUCAGCUCUCUCAAUGACGGCCCUCGUCGACCGGUCACGCCAUUCCACGCCUCUCUCACGCUCCCGUUCGAGAAGCCGAUUGUCCAAACGCACCGCCAGACCUAUAAGAUCCUCCAAAUCACGUGCUUCGUCACGGGCGGCUAGUUCGUCUUUUACUAAUGGGCGUAGCCCCCUCCGAAAUAUACAGCGUAAUGCCGCGUCAUCAAAGCCGCUCUCCGCUGCCAAAAUGCGGAAGGAGACGGAGUAGUCCGCUACAGACUGUUUGCCCUGAGUCAAGUCGAGCAAGCGACUACCUGCCUCCUUACCCCGAAUAGGGUGAUCAAAAACUCUCCUCAUUUCCUCGAGAAAAUCCGGAAAUGAGUCGUGUAUCACUAGGUAAUGAUUGCUGAUCGCCAUCGACCAUGCGGCCGCUUUACCGGUGAGGAGGCUCAUGACGAACGCAACCCUGGACCUAUCGGAGGAAUACGUGAGGGGCUGUUGGUCAAAAACUAACGAACACAGAUGCAAAAACUGCCCACACAAGCCGGGUUCCCCCCCAUAGCGUGGUGGGUGCGGAAUGUUAGGCUCAUGCAACGGAGAGGAAGCCGGAGCCGGCGGAGAGGCGAGGGGAACGUGGACGGAUGCCGUAACCGCCGGUGAGACGGGGCGGUGAGCGCAAACCUGGUCUACACGUGCCUCGAGAAAGCGCAGGUUAACGAUAACCACGGUGCGUGAUUGUUGCCUGUCGAAGAUGAGCGCCGCCACGACCGAGGACGUGGCCUGCACGAUUAAGCCGCCUGUCUUCCUGGGCUUCAGAAGCGGGACGCGUGAGCGACCCUCCGGCGUGUGCGUCGUGGACGUGGUCCUGCCUCCAGGGAAGACGGUCGACAUUGAGAGAAUCUCCUUUAAGAACUUCUACACAGCCUUCUUGAGCAUCAGGCUGCAAAGGCGGAGUCCCGGCCGGGAGGGGGCGCCAGCCAAGUGGUGUACGGCCCUCAGGGACUGCCCACUCAUGAAAAACCCCCACACCGAAGGAGGGGCCCACGACUACUACAACUUACAUCGGAAACAGUUGCAAGUGUCCGCUGACGAGGUGUCUUGCGUGCGACUGAUCCUGAAGCAGCCGUCGUGGUCCUGGUCCUCAUUCGGAGUAGAGGACGUCCGCGUUUACCCACGCGCGCCCCCACCCGAGCCGGACAAGGAGCUCUCGGAAUGGCUGCUGGCCCUGGAGACGGUCGACCCGCCCGUGCAGGGCCCGGCGGUGGACGCGGCGGGCGUGUCUCGGAGCCUCCAGCAGAUGUGGGCACUCAGCCAAGUCAUGCAGGCCAGUCAGACCUCCACCGCCUCCGUCGGACGCUUCGACGUUAGUGGCACUUACUCGACUCUUUAUGGCACCAAAAAUGACAGCUCAUCCAUUCACUUCCACAUAGUUCACCCAAAAUCAAACAGGCAGGCGUUACGCUGCACUAUUCUCAACAAUUGUUCUGCAAGACAGAUCCUCCCACCAAAUUACCGUAAUUUUCAGACUGUAAGGCGCACCUGAUUAUAAGCCGCUACCCACCAAAUUGGGUACGAAAAUGGCAUUUGUUCAUUGAUAAGCUGCACUGGACUAUAAGCCGCAGCUGUCCUCACUGUAUUAUGGAAUGUUUACAACAAAACAGUAACACUUUGAUAGCGGCAUCAUACGACUGUCAUAAGACUAAAUGAACCACUAUGAAGCUUUGAACCAAUUGGCUGCAAAGCUUCAUUGCUUCAAUAGGCUUCAUUUGGCCCAAACUGCUCCUUUGGGGGAGACAGUCAACCUCUGCUGCGACCUGCCGUCAACACUGUUGUCCAACAUGCCUCCUAGCAUGCAUUGCAGCACUACAGAUGUAAAUAAUACAAUUCAUGUUCUGUGCUAAUUCUUCAGUUACUGUUCCAGUUGUUUCAUUAAUUGCGAGUUAUGGUAUUUGGUAACACUUUAUAAGGCCAUAAGGCUGUCAUUAGACAAUCAUAAUUAUGACAUGACACUGUCAUGAGCAUGUAUGAAUGCUUAUAACAAAUGUCAUUUAUUGUUAUCGGGCAAAUUAUCUCACUUUUAAAUGGAUGUAAAAGAUCCAAGCUGGAUAUAAAUGGUAUUAGUGACAUAAUUUGCCAGAUGCUUAAUGACACAAGCAUUCAGUAAGGCCCAUGAUAGUGUCAUGUCAUAACUAUUAGUCUUAUGACAGUGUUAUUACUAGAGCUGGGAAUCUUUGGGU